AUGACGCUACGGCUGGAGCCACGCGGCAAGGCGGCGCUGGUUACAGGCGGUGCAGCCGGCUUGGGUGCUGCCGUCUCCAAGGCGCUGGUCUCGGCAGGGGCCAAGGUGGCGGUGGUGGACGUGGAUGCUGCUGCGGGUAGCCGCCUCGUGCAGGGGCUGAGGGCCGCAGCAGGCGACGGCAGCGCCAUCUUCCUGCACGCUGACGUCACAGACUUCGCGCGCCUCCAGGACGCAUUUGAGAUGGCGAAGGGGACUUUCAAUGGGUUGGACAUCGUCAUAAAUAACGCCGGUGUCGGAAAUGAUGUCGAGUGGCAACGAGAGAUCGAUAUUAAUUUGAAGGGCGUGGUGGGCGGCACGCUGCUGGGUCUGCGGCUGGCCACCAGGGGCGCGCGUGUGCUCAACGUGGCGUCGGUGGCCGCGCUGGCCGCCUUCUGCUGCGCCCCCGUCUACACCGCCACGAAGCACGCCGUCGUCGCGCUCACACGCUGCUAUGGGGCAGCAGAGCACACGGAGAAGACAGGUGUGACGGUGGUGGCGGUGUGCCCCGGGCCCUGUGAUACGCCGCUGCUGGAGAACAUGGGCAGGUACUUGCCCGAGGCCUGGCAGGCGGAGCAGUUCUACUCCCUGGUCCAGCAGUUCGGAGUCUCCAGGAGAGCGAACACGUCGACGGCAGUGUCUUUGGCGCAGCCGCCAAUCAGAGAGUUGAACGCUAUUGUCCACCAGGUGAAGGCCACGGCGCGUUACAAGAUCCUGUCGGCGUGA